AUGCUCAGGCCCCGCCCACUGGCAUCCCGGGGGCGCUUGGCUGGGCCGGCGCGAAGACUGUAUCCUGCCGUCUCAGUGCAAUGCCAGGCACCUAGGCCGAGUUCACGUGCGGGUUGUCGCGUUUCCAAUACCCCUGACGUUGUCUUCUCAGUGGUCGUUGGGUCUAGAAGUCACUCCUCUGGAGGUGAUAGACUAGGAGAAGCCGCCAGCCAGCGGCAUCACUGGCUGGCUGGGAGUUCCACCUCUUCCUUCCUUAAGACCUCAGUAAAUGGACAGCCACGGACGUGCCUUUCAGAUCAUGUUUUAAAACCUUCCCCGUCUGGCGUUGGGAACGCAGCCGCGGCUUGGUGGUGGAUAGCAAGAGGCAAAGGCUCGGGGGAUGGAUGUGAAUCAGUCAGACCAGCUUCCUUCUCCUGGGACGGGGCUCAGUGUUUUCUGACCAGCUUACAAGGGCCCGAGCUCCAGUUGAUGAAGUCACAUGGUUCCAGGGGCAGCAGCUGUUUCCCUGAAUACGAGGAUGGUGCUUCGAGACCAACCAGAAGUGAACUGUUUGUACAGAUUGAGGCUGCUGAAAUGCAAAGUGGAAACAUGUCAGGGGAAACACGCACCCUGUCACCCCAGGAGAGAUGGCUCGGUGGUGAAUCAGACCCACAGGACAGUAGGGAACGCCAGGUGGGAGAGAACAGCACAUGCCUGUAUACCCUGCUGUGGAAAGAACCAGAAAAGCUGAAAGAAAACCUGUGAGGCCAGAAGCUGGGAUGUGGGAAGGCUCAAGAAGGGUGCAGGAGUCUCCAGGAACCAAACUGGUGUCAUGUGGAGGAGGCCAUGUGGCAGAGAUCCGUGGUGGCCUCUGGUUGCUGAGGGCCUCCGUCCCACAACUGCAAGGAACUAGGUUCUGCCAACACCCAGCAAGCCUGGGAGAGGAUGCCGGGCCCCAGGGAGAUCACAGACCUGGCAACACCUUGAUCGUGGCUGUUGAGUCUCUGAGCAGAGGACAGAGCUGAGCCAUGCCCCUGUCCCACAGAAACGCAAUAGACCGUUUACAUGGUCAGGGGCACUUUGCUGGUCAUUACUGUGUCCCCAUACCAGGCACAGGGCCUGUUGCAAGCAGAUAUUCGAUACAGGAUGUGUGGAGAAUGAGUAAGUGGAUGAACGGAUGACAGCCAGCCAGAAACGCGUGGGAGCACUGCCCAACCACGGGGUGUUGUGUGUGUCCUAGCCAACUGUGGGGUCCCAGCUGCCUGUGAGCUCGGGGAGAGAGACCCUGGGGUGGGAUUCCUAAUAGAUAUGGAUGUAACCGGAAGUCGCAUUUGGGUCCUGAAUGAGGGCCUGCAGCAGGCGUGACGUUCUCUGCGCUGGGAUUUAAAAGAUGCUCUGCUUCCCAAGCAUAUCACAAGAGGACCCCCCAGAUGGACUUAGGGCUCUAGAGUUCCCUGAGCCCUAAGUGGUGGUGAAGGGCACUUUUGGACUCAAGGCUGUGGGGCUUGGGGGUGGGGGCGGGCCCCAGUGGCGCUGGAGUUGUUGGGCAGGGCUUGGCCUGCUGGCGGGAGCCCUGAGGAUGGGCAGUGGGUACCAAUCUUGAUUUUGCCAAGAGCUGGGGAAAAUCUUCUGGUGGCUCCCCGUUGCCCUGGAAUAAAACCUGACCCCUUCCACAUAUGUGUCAGGCCCAACCUGCUCUGGCCUGGCCUUUGGUUCUGGCCUCAGCUUGUGUCACUGGCCCCUUCUCUCACUCAGCACUGGGAUGCUGGCCUUCUCUCCGUCCCCCGGCCUGUCACGCACCAACCUGCCUGGCUCUUCCUUCUGCCUGGGUGCUUCCUUCCAGCUCUUCUGCCCCUUGUCCCUCACCUCCCCAGAGGUGUCUUCUGGGCUUCUUAGGUCUGGAGAGAUCCCAGCACACUUGCCCACCCCCUGGUCACUCUGUCACAUCACCUGCUUUGUCCCUGCAUGGCACUUAUCACCAACUGAAGGGACAGGCUUACUCACAUACACUCUUGCUUAUUGCCUGUCCCAGAUGCCAGAACUUGAGCUGUGAGCUUGUUUGCUCACUGCUGUAUCUCCAGCAAUUAAAAAAAAAAAAAGUUCCCAGGCUAGGGGUUGAA